AUGCACGACCUCCGCCGUCAAGCCCUCCUCGAAAGCCGCAAGACGGUUUCCCGCAAGGCAGCUUCCCGAGAAGCUUCCCGCUCCACUUCUAGAGUUGCCUCUGCGCAGACAUCGCGCCAGAAUUCGCGCCAGUCGUCGCGCGCUGCGAGUCGGUAUCCCUCUGAUGAUGAGGAUGAAGGUAAUUUGAGUGAUGAGACUGAGACGUGGAGUACAGGGUCAUUAGAUGACUUGGCAGAUAACCCCGAGUCCGAUAAUGUCGACUGGCCCGAAGAACUAGCAGACUGCAUGCAGGAUAUUCUGGACCGCAAACGAAGCAGCGUCCAAGGCCGCGAAGAGUCGCUGUCGGCAUUCUGUCGACUAGCCAAAUUCCACUACGUCGAGGAAGAAAUCAGAGGCAGCAUCCAGGACCUGCUCGCUGCGUUCUUGCGCAGUAUAAAAUAUGAGGGUAGCGUACGCGAGUCGGUUCUUGCGCUCAAGGCGUUGGAGUUUUUGGCAGUGACAGCCUAUGAUGAUACCAUUUACGAUGCGGUGGAGUCCUUGUUGACGAAGACGAUUCGCGAUUCGACGUCGGGGCUGAUUAAAGUUGCUGCGAUUAAUUGUCUCGGGACAUGCGCAUAUUUUGGCGGAACGAGCGAAGACGCGAAAAUGGAUCAAAUGAAUAUGUUACUGGAUAUUAUUACAUCGGAUGGUCAAUCGAUCGAGGCGUCAGCUGAUUACGGAGUCGUCACAGCAGCCUUGCAGCAAUGGGGGUUUCUAGCCACAGAUGUUGAAGAUCUGGAAGCUGACAGUGAGGAAGUAGUCGAAAUUCUGAUCGAGCAGCUAGCCAGCGUAGACUCGAAUGUCCAGAUUGCUGCUGGUGAGAAUAUCGCUUUGCUCUAUGAGAAGAGCUAUACACCUCAAGAAGAAGAAGACGAAAUCGACGAAGACGAACUGGAUGAGGAGGGCGAGGGUGGAGACUCAUCCGCCAGCGGCGGACCAAAGCUCAUAGAACGAUAUCCAGCAUACCACGACAAAUACCAUCUCGAACAAAUCCUCGCCUCUUUAGCAACCGUAAGCGGUAAACGAAUCAGCAAAAAAGACAAGAAGAGCCUCCACACAAACUUUGCCUCUAUCCUGACGACAGUCGAAAACCCACGCUUAGGACCGGCAUAUAGCAAAGCAAUCAACCAAAAUACAAACCGGCAAUACGGAAGUAAACGACAAGUCAAAAUCGGUAGCGAAGGGGUUAUGGAGAUUGAUCGAUGGUGGAAAUGGUUGAGACUUGCUUCUUUGCGUCGGAUUCUGCAAGGGGGGUUCAUGGAGCAUUAUUUUCAGGGGAAUAGGGCCGUUUUGGAUGCGUUGCCGGUUAUGAUGAGGGAUUCACGGAGGAUAGAUCGGGGAGGAUACAAGAAGGCGGCGAGAAUGAGGAAUUCGACAAGAAAGAUGUUUAUGGAUGAGGAUGGCAUUUGA